UUCACCGCAGGUGUCUUUGUAUCAGCAGUUUUGAACUGUGGAAGUAACUCUCCUUCUCUGCCCCAACAGAGGACAGCACCAUGCCAGUGUCACAGCAGCACGUUUCCAAAUGGACUGAGGGAUGCCGCGCCACUCAGAACAUGGAAACCGUAAACGGUGUGCACAAAACCAUGAGUAAGGACGGCGACAAUGACGACGAGGAUGGAUUCAACAGAACGGAAGAGAGUAACAACGAUGAGGAGCAGGGGGGAGAAGGAGGGUCGGGGCAAGAAGAGAGCCUUGAUGAUAGCCCAAAGAGGAUUGGGACCAAGAGAAAGAAAAUUACAAAAGCCCGACAGAGGUUUAAGGUCCGCCGCAUGAAGGCCAACGCGCGAGAGAGAAACCGUAUGCACGGGCUCAACGACGCGCUUGAGAUUUUGCGUAAAGUUGUACCUUGCUACUCGAAUACUCAGAAACUCUCCAAAAUAGAAACAUUGAGGUUGGCAAAAAAUUACAUAUGGGCUCUCUCUGAGAUCUUGCAAUCAGAUGAAAGUCCAGAUUUGAUGUUGUUCGUGCAGGCUCUAUGCCAAGGACUGUCCCAGCCCACCACCAAUCUAGUGGCAGGAUGUUUGCAGCUCAACCCCAGGACGUUUUUACCGGAGCAGGUCCAGGACAUCCCGUCUCAGGUGCACCAAACAUCGGCUGCGUCCUUCUCUUUGCACCCCUCCUACCCUUACCCUAGCCCGCCAUAUGGUACAAUGGACAGCUCCCAUAUCCACCACGCCAAGCCCCACACUGUGGACAAUGCGCUUGAGCCGCUCUUUGAAACUACAUUCACAGACUGUACCAGCACCAGCCCCCGGUUCGAGGGGCCCCUAAGUCCACCGUUGAGCGUGAAUGGGAACCUUUCCUACAAGCACGAGUCAACGGCAGAGUUCGACAAGAACUUUGCCCUUUCCAUACAAUAUGCAACUCAAGGUCUGGCGGGAGUACAAUGUCUUCAUCCUUUUUAUGCAAGCUCAUCAAAGCGCUUUGAUAUUCCCAUGGACAACAUUAUGUCAUUUGAGACUCAUCACGAAAGGAUGCUGAAUGCUUAGCUCGAUGCCAAACAUUUUGUUUGAUUACACAUGGACAGUGAAUGCACUUGUAAAUGAUGUAUGCAUUUAAAGUAUUUGUUACUAACGUUAGUAUGACAUACAAUUAUACUGUUUCAUUCUUCUCUGCAAACUUCUCGAUAGAAAGAUCAAAUGAGUCUGUGUUGCCCAACCCAAUCAUAUAC